UCCAGUCUCCAGUCUCCAGUCUCCGCUCUCCAGUCUCCAGUCUCCGGCCGCCCCGCCACUUGCUCCGGCUCAGCCUCUUUACUUGUGCGGGUGAUCAUGCUCAGCAACGUCCACCACCGAAACAAGAACGCGCGGAGAACAUGGACAAAUUGCCCACCUUUUUACAAAUGCACUUUAUAUUUAUUCAUCUUGAGUCUGGAACUUAAGAGGAGUUUUUCAGAGCCGCUGGGCUCUGACGUGUUUUCUUUCUUCCAUGAGGGGGCCCAGGGUUGCUUGGGGGUGCGGGAUCACUUGCUUUACCUGUCACCAUCCUGCGAGGCAGAUGCCCAAAGCUGGAAGUUUGUGAGUCGGGGUCGCCUGUUAAACCUGGACUCCUCCCUGUCUGGCCUCACCAUGGGCAACGCCAGCUCUCGAGGGGAGAGAUCUUCGCUGGGCAUGUACACCUGUGACCGUGAACCUCUAAGCUGGACCUGGCACUGUGGCCAGGUGCUGGAGAGCCUCAAUAAGUAUCUGCCCUCGCAACUGCCAGCUUCUGCUAAUGCCUCUUCGUACUCCUCCCCUGUCAGGCCUCCUGCAGAGGGGCUCAAGUGGAGGCUCUAUGGCGAUGAGCAGGACCUGUGCGCAAAAACAUACCGAGAGAUCUACACCAUCCAGGGGAACUCCCACGGCCGGUCCUGCCACCUGCCCUUUUUAUAUGAUGGGCAGUGGUUCCACACCUGCACCAGCGUUGGACGUGAGGACGGUAACUUAUGGUGUGCCACCACCUCCGACUACGGCAAGGACGAGCGCUGGGGGUUCUGCCCUGUCAAGAGCAACGGCUGUGAGACCUUCUGGGAAACUGACCCGCUGACAGACAGCUGCUACCAGUUCAACUUCCAGGCUACGCUGUCGUGGAACGAGGCUCGUAUCAGCUGCCAGCAGCAGGGGGCAGAUCUGCUCAGCAUCACCAAGCUUCACGAGCAGACCUACAUCAAUGGUUUACUGACUGGCUACAGUGCUGCUCUGUGGAUUGGCCUGAAUGACCUGGACAUCGAUGGAGGCUGGCAGUGGGCUGACUCCUCGCCCCUCAAGUAUCUCAACUGGGAGCCUGAUCAGCCAAACCAUGCUGAGGAAGAAAACUGUGUUGUGAUCAGGACUGAGUCAUCGGGCCACUGGCAGAACAGGGAGUGUUCUGUAGCCCUGCCUUACGUCUGUAAGAAGAGACCCAAUGCCACCCUCGAUCCCUUCACUACCGACUCGUGGGCAGAUGAUGAGAAGUAUGACUGUGAUGUGGGCUGGCAGGCCUUCCAGGCAGGCUGCUACAAGCUGACCUCUGAGAAGACAGACUGGGACCAAGCACAGAAGAUCUGCCAAAAGAUGGAGGCCAAUCUAGUCAGCAUCCAUACCUUACCUGAGUUAGAGUUCAUCGUACGCAACCUGAAGAGAGAUAUUGAGGAGCUAUGGAUAGGACUGCACGACCUUGAUAUUCAAAUGGACUUCCAGUGGACUGACCACACACCCGUCAUCUUCACCUACUGGCACCCGUUUGAACCCAAUAACUUCCGUAAUAUCCAGGAGGAUUGCGUCAACAUCUGGGGACCUGAAGGCCGCUGGAAUGACAACUCAUGUAAUAUGACUCUGCCGUCCAUCUGUAAGAAACCAGGAACAAAGACAGACGGGAAACAACAACACAACGAGUGCAAACAAGGAUGGAAGUGGCACAGUCCAGCCUGCUACUGGGUGGGAGAGGACAAACUCACCUUUGACGAGGCCAAGAAAGCAUGUGAAGAGAGUGGCGCUGCCCUGGUUACCAUUACCAAUAGGUUUGAGCAAGCUUUUCUCAGCAGCCUGGUGUUUGGACGCUCUGGAGAGUCCUUCUGGAUCGGUCUUCAUGACAGAGGCUUUCAGGACCAAGCUUUCCACUGGCUCACUGGAGAUGAAGUUUCCUUCACCCACUGGAACCGAGACCAGCCAGCCACCAUCCAAGGGGGCUGUGUUUCCCUGGCAACAGGUUCCGCAACGGGUCUGUGGGAGGUGAUGGAGUGUGCAUCGUCACGUGCAAAGUUCAUCUGCCGUGAGAAGCAGGAUGCAUCUCUGAGUCCUGAGCCCCCUGCUCCUCUGCCCACCCCCAGUCUCACCGGCGCCUGCCCCAGCGGCUGGAAGAGCAAUGACAAAUUACGUUAUUGUUACAAGGUGUUUUCUUCAUCCCAACAGGACCAGAGGCUGAGCUGGGUGCAGGCCCAUCUGUACUGCCAAAAACACGGGGCCAACCUACUCAGCAUCAGCGACCAUGAGGAGGAGCAAUUUGUCUUGCAGGUUCUCCACGAAAAGUUUGGGGUGUCAGAAGACCAUGAACAGCACUGGUUCUGGAUUGGGCUGAAUCGUAGGAAUUCCAUGGACAACGGUAGCUGGAAAUGGAGUGACGGACUGGCUGUGACCUACCAGAACUUCGGGCGGUACUUCUACAACAUCUGUCAGUGUGGUGCAGCAGACCUGGGCACUAUGACCUGGCUGGCCAUGCACUGUGAUGCUGAUUUAGACUGGAUCUGCAAGAUCCCCAGGGGGACCGUUAGCAAGGACCCAGAGGCCUCUGAAGGCUCCAGUUCUCCAGAGUGGGUGGGCUUCCAGGAGGCUGAUUACAAGUUCUUUGACCACCGCAACACCUGGGAUCAGGCCCAGAGGAUCUGUUCCUGGUUUGAAGCCUCAUUAGCCUCUGUUCACUCUGCUGAUGAAGCAGCCUUCCUGGCCACCACGUUACGCAAGAUGUCCAAGGUUGAGGGUGACAACUGGUGGAUUGGCCUUCACACUUAUGAGAACGAUGGCCGUUUCCGUUGGUCAGACCACUCUGUGCUCAACUAUGUGUCCUGGGCCCUGGGGAGGCCGCACCCACUCAGCCGGGAUCGCAAAUGUGUCCACAUAUCUGCUAGCAAAGUGGAGUGGGCAGAUCAAAAGUGUCACUCAGACCUGCCCUACAUCUGUAAGCGGGUGAAUGUCACUGGGACUAUUCCUCCCACACCAUCAUCACCUCAUCCCCCCUCAGGAUGUCCUGAAGGUUGGUCCUCUUACCAGCAUAAGUGCUUUAGAAUAUUUGGUCAGGAGGAGUCUAACAGGGCUACGUGGUCUGCAGCCAAGCUGAAAUGUGAGAGCAAAGGAGGGGUCUUGGCAGUGGUGCCCAAUCAUUUGGAACAAGCCUUUGUCACCACUCUGCUCUACAAUGUCAGUGUUGAUAUGUGGGUGGGCUUGACGUCAGACUCUAAAGGCCAUUUCCAGUGGGCCCAACCCGGCCUACUAAGCUACACUAACUGGGCUCCCGGGGAGCCUCUCGACAACAGUGGACCACACCACAACAAGAACCCGGGAAACUGUGUGGUAAUGAUUCAUGGGAACCCGGUGAAAAGCAUUGGCAUGUGGGCUUCACGUGCCUGUGAGAUGGAGAAGCAUGGUUUCAUCUGUCAGAAGAAACAAGAUCCAGGUCUCCCCCCAGCUGCUGCUCUCAUUCCCUCCUCCCUCUCAGAACCUUUCGAGUUGGGCAGGGUGACGUACCGGGUCGUGCAGAAGCGCCUGGACUGGACAGGCGCUCUGCACAUGUGCGAGUCCCUGAAUGGGACCCUUGCCACUGUGAGAGAUGCCUACCAGCAGGCUUACCUUACCCUGCUCAUCAACAGCUUACGCCUACCUGCCUGGAUCGCUCUGUACAACUUUGGGGGUCGGACCUUUACGUGGCUGGGAGAAGAGGAAGUGGCAUAUUCCAACUGGAAAGAUGGAGAACCCAAUCAGAUGGCUGGGUGUGGUCACAUGACCACCAGUGGACAAUGGACCAUGACUCCCUGUGAUGAUAAACUAGAUGCUGUUAUCUGUCAAAUAGGUGAUGAACCAGUGGUUCACCGGUGGAGCUACCCGGGGCAGUGCCCGGACUCUCUGGGAGAGUGGACAUGGGUGUCUUUCCGGAACCACUGCUACUCUUUCAACUUGGCAAAUCUUAAGCUGCAGCAGGAUGCUCACGCAUCCUGCAGGAAGGUGGGAGCUGAGCUUCUCUCUGUCUUGGAUGAGACGGAGAAUGGAUUUGUAUGGGAGCACAUCCAAAGCUAUGCGGAGCAGGCACAUGGAGCUUGGCUGGGCAUAACCUUGAAAGGAAGUAGCCUGGUGUGGAGUGAAGACACAGAAAUGCUGUAUACUAACUGGGAGGUACAGGACACGGUCCUCAGCAUGCUUUCUGCCAACACCUGCUUCUGGAUUGAAAGCAACACUGGCCUCUGGAAACCAGGCUCCUGCAGAAACCGCACGCACGGAGUCAUCUGCAAACGGCCACGCAGUGCUGAAACCUCAGUCGUAACGAUGGAUGGAGACCACCUCCCGACUCUGAUCAUCGCCAUGGUGACAGGCCUGGUUCUGGUUGUGCUGAUCGUCGGGAUGAUAUACUUGUACCGCCGGCGAGGUGUCGGGUCUCGCGGGUCCUAUGAAGGGGCCCGCUACAGCCGCACCAACUCCACCCUGGGGGAGCAGGCCGAGAAGAACAUCCUGGUGUCGGACAUGGAGCUGAAUGAGCAGCCUGAGUAGCGCAGACACGCCGUACUUGACCUGGGGAGAGGCCGUUUUAAUGUGCUGACUGAUGAUUCUGAUACAGAUUGUGGCAUUUCCUUUUCUUUUUGUUGUCCCCCUUUUCUAGAUAUUGGAAGAAAAAAAAACAAACAAAAACAAAACAAAGAUUUUAAGGAUGGUGAAAUGCUGUGUAGAGCACAGCAUAUGUCUAUUUUUACCCAGCGUGAGGCGCCACCUCGGCCGUCCCUCCUACCUGAACACAGCAGUGCCAAAACAUUCUCAUCCAUAAAGUCCAACCAUUUAGAUAAUCUGUCUCGCAACAGCCUUUGUGUUGAGCUAGUCAUGAAUCCCAUGGCAGUUUCUUUGCAUGAUGAAAUGGUUGAUAGGUUGAUGUAAAACCAGUGUUCCAAAAAGGAUAGCUCCAUCCUGUCUACUAUGAUGCCAAAGCCCAUUUGUCUGUUUGAGUCCUGUCUUUUUCCUUUUGUCGAUUGCCAUUUUUACAGAGUAGGAACUGAUCACAAAGACGGUCAAAGCAAACCUUAUUUUCCCAACAAAAUGCAUUUAACUGUGUUAUCCAGACAUCCGUACAAUGUCCUCCUGGAGUAAAGUCCCGUCUCUGCUACGACAGUAUUUACCUGAUCUUCAGGUGUGUUCGUUCAUUAUGUGGAUGUGAUUUUUUUUUCAUUGAUUAUUGUUUUUUGUUGGGUUUUUUUUGUUGUUGUUUUUUUUGGGGGGGUUGUUUGUCACUAUCUGUGCAGCUGUAGAGAACUGUUCAUGAUGAUGAAGAUGAUGAAGAUGAAGACGAUGAUGUUGCAUGUGCAACUCGUGUGAGCCUGCCCCUCCCCUCCCCGCUGUGACACGUCAGCAGCAGCUGUCUGGGCUGCAGAGAGGGAAGUCCAAAUGUGAAUGUGGGAAAGGCGACAGGGAUCGGUGGUGACCUCAACACACCCGUGGACUACAACGGUAAAGUUCUGACAGAACACCAGAAUUGUGCACAUAAUUAAGACUUGGAUUUGAAAGCUAUUUUUUAAAAGAUAUCAACCAAUGUCUCUUUGGUACGGCAUGCCAGAACGUUGUCAUCAGAUGAACAGACUUUCGCCUUCCAUGGCCCUGUGUAUGUUUUGGCACUUUUUACUAUUAUCUUGAAUUGAUUCAGCCUUGUUUGGGGAAAUUUAUUUGAUUUAGGCGUUUUAAUAAGGUACAAUUGUUGCUUUCUGCUUACAUGUUUGUUUUUUUUAUCCUGUUUGUUUUGGCUUUUCCUGCCAUCAUCUGGCAGCUGAUUGCAAUUUUUUUUAGUCAUUUGCUGUUUGUAUGCAUAAUGAAAAGGGUACAGUUUUUUUGCACUUUCUACCAUAACCUUAAUCUGAUUUAUCCUUCCUGCGGACAGUAUUUCACUUGCCUUUAUGCAUUAUUAAUGGGGUACAUAUUUUUAUACCUGUAAAGAUGUCACUGUGUUGGGCCUGCUGUGUGACUGGUUCAAAUAGUUUUUGAAAUCGCCUUUGUUAUCCUUCAUAUUUGCAAACAGCGAGGAACAUCUGUCACGAGAAUGCAGCAGUCGUAUUUGUGAGAGCAGAAGAACGUUCAGAAAGUCAAGUUCACUCCUGUCUGACCAGAGCCCUGCACAUCCGUUUAGCGGCACUCCACAAUAUCACAUUGGUUUGGGUAAUCGGCAGCAUAGUGACUGUGAUUUCGAGGGAGCAAAGUAUAUUUUCUUCCUUCUGCAACAUUCCUUCUCCCACAGGUCCUACUUGUGAGUGUGAUUUCCAUACUUCAGCUCGUAGGAGUGCUUUGGAGCCGUUUCAGUCUGAGGUUCUUGGUGUUUUGCUGAGCUGCUAUGAAAAAAAAGCAGCCUUUUUUUUUGCCCUGUGAGUUGGACUAAGAUAGAGGGGGGAGAACGGAUAGGAGAGGAGAGAGAGUAGGUGUGUGUGUGUGUGUAUGUGUGUGUGUGUGUGUGUGUGUGUGUGUGUGUGUGUGUGUGUGUGUGUGUGUGUGUGUGUGUGUGUGUGUGUGUGUGUGUGUGUGUGUGUGUGUGUACAGCUGUGGAAUGUUGAGUCGGCAAGAAGAGCUCAGUGGCACGUCUGGAACCAAUCAGAGAGGAGGAGGGCUCAGGGCCAUGAAGGGUUAGGAAGAAGUUAAAGAAAAGAAGGAAAAAAAAUAGAAGGAGAAAAGGGAAAAAAACGAGAGUGAGGUGGAGUCAGAAGAAGGGGGUAGAGAUGAAGAGGAGAGGAGGGAGGUGAACAUGAUGACAUGUCCUGGACUCACCCUGUCCUCUGCUGGUGGCUUGCUAUGCACGCCCCUCCUACACAGUAAACACGAGCUGGAUGCAUACCGAGGGUGCAGGACGUAGAGGAUGGGACUGAGGAGGACACAUUCCCCCCACAGCAGUAUAUUUGUGAUAUGAGAGGGUUUUUGUCCCAGUUAACAUUGACUGAAAUAAUUCCUUAGAUUUUUUUUCAAGGUACUUUUUGUUGUUUUUAUAUGAAAUAAAUGGUCUAUGUUCACAAGG